UUAAUUGUCAAAAAUCAUUGACAACAAAUAUUAYCUGAAAACUAUAAUAAAGAUAUAGCACCCACUGGUAGUGGUGAUAAUAAUACUAAUAUUAAUAAUAAUAAUUAUGGACAACCAGUUCAAGUUAAUGUAUCAAUGGUUGUACUGUCCUAUAAGCCAGAUCCAGGUGCCGAACAGUCGGUUAGUAUAGACUUUUUCUAUCAGCUCGAAUGGUACGACCAUCGGCUACGGGCRCCGGUCGAUGAAAAGUUAACACUGGGCUACCAAUGGAAAGACCGACUAUGGGUUCCGGACACCUAUUUCCGUAAUAGUAUGUCAGGCGGUAUACCCGUUGGUGGUUUGUCGCCUACGGUCUAUUUUGUUGUAACCAACAGCACCCGUAUGUUUAUGGCUGCCAGAUAUCAGAUGAAAUUUUCAUGUAAUAUGAAUUUCAGAAAAUUUCCAUUUGAUAGACAGUCGUGUCCUAUUAAUAUUACUACAUUAAUCAACACAAUUGAGACAGUACAAUUACAAUGGCAAAUGUUUAGACUGGGCAGUCAUGUACUGCUGCCAGAGUUUCAGAUUGAGGAGUACGAGUGGGACGGGUAUACUAAACGACAUCCCGAUUUAGGUGACUAUAGCUAUCUGUACGCUAUAGUACAUAUGCAACGAAAUUGUGGCAAAUAUCUGGUCAAACGAUAUAUAACGUCAGCACUGGUAGUUAUUAUGACAUUCAUGGGCUUCUGGAUACCGCUAUCGGCUGUACCCGGACGGGUAGCCCUGUCCAUAACCGGCUUGCUGGCACUGGUAGCCCAGCAAAUACAGGGUGAGAUAAACAUAUCAUAUAUCUAUGCGCUGGAAGUCUGGACUAUCAUAUGUAUUGGGUUUGUAUUUUUGACACUCAUUGAGUAUGCAUUGGCCGUCGGUUGGCCUCAGUAUAUGGAUGGCCAGACUCAACACACCGACACCGACACCAAAAACAAGUGCAACAAUCGACUGUCCAAACGGUUGGCCGAUAUAGUGGCCGCCGAUCAGCGUAACAACGGUGUCGAUAAAGUGGCCAGAUUUAUAUUUCCCGCUGCUUUCGGCAUAACUAUUAUUGUCUACAGUCUAACCUAUUAUUAUCUAUAA